AGUGAUCUGCGACCCCUGAUUCAGCCCGCCUCCAAACAUGGCAGCGUCCUGUGUGUGGAGCGCGUGCGGAGGCCGGCAGGUCCGGUGGAGCAGGUGGAGCUCGGUUCUGGGCUCGGGACGGCUCUCUGUGCUGCUCCGGGCUCCGUUUCGCUGCUCCGCUGCGGCUCGGGACUCGCUGCUGUCGGCGCUGCACCGGCGCGGCGUGCUGAAGGACUGCUUCCCCGAGAGCGCGGCUCAGCAGGAGCUGCCCCGGCUCCUGCAGUCCGGCCCGCAGACCGUGUACUGCGGCUUUGACCCCACGGCCGACAGCCUGCACGCGGGAAACCUGCUGGCCCUCAUCGGCCUGCUGCACUUCCGCAGCGCCGGGCACAACGUGCUGGCGGUGGUCGGCGGGGCCACGGCGCAGGUGGGUGACCCGAGCGGGAAACUGAGGGAGCGGGAGAGGCUCUCCUCCGCCGCCGCCGAGCACAACACCCGCAGCAUCACCGACAGUCUGUGGAGGAUCUUCACCAACCACGAGCUGCUCUUCUGCCCGGAGUCCGCGCGCCUGGGCACCGUCAGCGUGCUGAACAACGCGGGCUGGUACCGGGACUGGAGGGUGGUGGACUUCCUGAGCGAGGUGGGCCGGUAUUUCCGCAUGGGGACGCUGCUGAGCAGACACAGCGUGCAGACCCGCCUGAAGAGCGCCGAGGGCAUGAGCCUCACCGAGUUCAGCUACCAGCUCUUCCAGGCCUACGACUUCUACCACCUGCACCAGCUGCACGGCUGCAGACUCCAGCUGGGGGGCAGCGACCAGCUCGGAAACCUCAUGACCGGACACGACUUCAUCCACAAAAAGACAGGAGAGGAAGUUUAUGGCCUAACUGUCCCACUGGUCACCACAACAAUGGGAGAUAAGCUGGGGAAGACAGCGGGGAAUGCUGUGUGGCUGAACAGAGACAAAACAUCUCCCUUUGAGUUCUACCAGUACUUCCUCAGGCUACCUGACAGCACAGUGGAAAGCUACAUUAAACUGUUCACCUUCUUGCCGCUGGCGGAGGUGGAGAAGGUGAUGGAGCAGCAGAGACGGGAUCCAGGCAAGAGAACGGCCCACAAACGACUAGCUGCUGAGGUUACCAAACUGGUACAUGGCAAGGAUGGUCUAGAAACUGCCAAAAGGUGCACUAAUGCUCUGUAUAACAGUAGCAUUGAAGCUCUGGAGCAGAUGGAUGAUGUGGAGCUGAAGGAGUUGUUCAGAGAAGCUCCGUUUAAGGAGUUCUUUUUGGAGCCAGGCACCACAGUACUGGAUGCCUGUCGGAGGGCCCAAGUCAUUCCUGAAGGACCUAAAGGGUUUCAAAUGAUAACAGACGGCGGUGUUUGGUUCAACCACCAGAGGGCAUCCAACCCGGAGCAGGUCCUGGUUCCCGGACAGCAUAUACUUUCCAAUGGACUCAGUUUGAUCAGAGUGGGCAAGAAGAACUAUUACAUCCUGAAGUGGCUCAGUAUGUGAUUUACUUACACCGAAGCGAAUGUCUAUAUUUAUUUAAAGAAAUAUGGAUAAAAGAUGCAGUGUGCUGCACAAUGACUAACAAUCCAUACACAAAUCGAAUUAUGCGGGACCCACAAAGAUUUUGGGGCGUGUCAGACCACUGGCAGGAGGACAAGCAAAACUACACUAAAUCCUGAGUUGAUAUAGAGAAACAGACUGGCAGAGGAUAAAAAGGAAUGAAAGAGGAGAGUGUGCACAUUUGUGUCUUUACACACUUGUGUGCACGUAUUUCAGAAAUAGUUGUACUGUUUGUGUGUAUAUGUAAUUCUGAAUCACACCACCAGAUGUCAGUAAAGGCCUUUUCCAUUUUUUGUA